AUGGCAACGAAACUCCACACCAGUCACGUGCCAUCUCUCGAUCCGCCCAAUCUGAUAUCCAGCUCCGACCAAAGCCACCCUUCCCAUCCGACAAAGCAGCCAAACCCCAACCUCAAGCCCAAGCAAAAAGCAACCCCCUGGCUAAAUCCAAACACCGCAACCCCAGACUCACACGAAAAGAGAACACCCAAAAUGUCCCAACAAAUCCAAACAAGAGCAACCUACCGCGCUCUCCUCCGCGAACUCCCAAGAAAGAGCCUCAAAACCCCAAGCCCCAUCCACCAAUCCCUGCGCAAGACUUUCCGCCCAGAGCCGAGUUCCACCACAACAACCACCACCACCACAUCCACAUCGACCAGCGCGCUCCCCUUCUCGACACCCAAAACACCCGAAGAAAUCGCUAUUCGCGUGCAAGAAGCCGAGCAGCUGGCUCAGUAUGCUCGUGCCCAGCGCUCAUAUUGUGAACUGCUCGAGCGGUACAACCCAGGCAUGAGCAUGGAUGAGGAGGAGAAGAUCCGCCUCACGGCCCGCAGAGUCGGCUUUGAUCUGCCCGCGUUGCAUACUGCCGAGGGAAAGACUGAGUAA